AUGCGGCCCAAAAAAAACAGAGGUCGCUGGAUCGAAGAUCACGGAGUCAUUCACAACAUGAUGUUUAACAAAGAGACACUCUGGAAGUAUUCCUUCAAGACCACACAGAACAAGACUGAGUGGUGGGACAAUGGCAUUCUCCCCCUCUGGAUCACAGCCCAGAGACAGGGGAGGAAAACAGCGUCAUUCCACUAUCCCGAGGGAGGCGCCAAGUACAAAGGGGAGGCCGUCCAGCGGUCCCUGGUGGAGCCGUACACCGACCUAGACAGCAACGAGACGGAGUGGAGGGAGAACAUCGAUACUGUCAUGAACUGGUUCAGUAAGGAAGACUUUGACUUCGUGACUCUGUACUACGGAGAGCCGGAUAAUGUGGGACACCGCUUUGGGCCCGAGACAGAGAACAGGAGGGUGAUGACUCAGCAAAUUGACAGAACCAUCGGGUACCUGUUGGAAGCCACUGAGAGGCACAGCUUGACUGAGCACCUCAAUGUCAUCAUCACAUCUGACCACGGCAUGACCACUGUGAAAAAGAAGCCCAAAGUCACCGAGAUCCUCCUGACAAACUACAUCAGCUUCAGGGACUUGGUCAAGUUUGAUAUUGUAGACUAUGGCAGUUUUGGAAUGCUCCUGCCCAAACCAGGGCAAGAGGAAGCCGUUUACCAAGCACCGAAAAAUGCACACCUUCACCUCAAUGUCUACAAGAGGGAGGAAUUUCCAGAACGCUUCCAUUUUGCCAAACACGAGCAGGUCUUGCCAAUCGUGAUGUAUGCCGACUCUGGUUAUAACAUCAAUGGGAGGAAAGGCAGAAAGCUGAUCAAAACAGCACAGGUGAACCAGUACGCCUGA